AAAAUAUUUAUUAAAACCUAAUCGUAAACAUGUUAUACAAUCGCUGAUCAAUGAACUUGACGGUAACGACAUAUCUUCUUAUACUUAUUCAACAGACGGCUUAUGUGAAGACGAUGUCUUGAAGAAAAUGUCUAUGAAAGAGAUCAGACUUAAGUUGUUUGACUUUUUUGACAAAUAUUACUCUGCCAAUAUCAUGACUCUGUCCGUCAUUAGUGGUUAUUCACUACAUAAAAUAGAAAGCAUGAUAGUAAAAGAAUUCUGUCAGAUACGAAAUAAAGAAAUUAAACUAACGAAAAAUUAUGAUGAUCCAUUUAAAAAUCAAUUAUGCACUAAAUGGUAUUUACUAGAUCUCGAAAUAUUGCAUUUAACACUCUCAUUUCCUUUACCCUAUUUGACAGAUGAUUGUAUGACUAAGAUUAGCAAGAAAUAUAACAACUUAUAAUUAUGAAGCAGCUACAUGCCUCAAUUUUUUCCACGUCCAUAUCGCUAUAACGUCAGAAGGAUGUUCCAAAAUCACCGAAAUCAUUACAUUGUUUUUUCAAUACAUUAAGACGUUCAAAAAGAUGUAUCUAUUAUCAGAAUGCGGGCAAUUACAUCUGAGGAAAAUACUGCAAAAUGUAAUUAAUAAAAAAAAUAUUUAUUUAAUAUAAAGAUUUAUAUAAAACUUUCAAUGAAUCGUCAUAUUAUUGGCUAUUUCUCAUAAUUAUAGAAUAGAAUAAAGAUAAAAUGCUUCAUUAAUUGUUAUUGAAAAAGAUAAUUCUUACAUAUGCAUGUCUUCAAGUCAUUUUUCUUAAAUCUUUAUGCAUGAAAUAACAAAA